AUGGUGCUCUCCCACGGUCACCUACAUCUUUCUCCAGCCGGGGAGGUGACCACCUCCCAACGGCCUCCACUAUAUCAUCUUUGUGCCGUGGAAGGUGGCCACCUUCCAACGGUCACCUGUGAAGAUUUAAUCACGAAGGCGAUAAUUUAUACUAGCUCAUGGAUUCAUUUUAAAAUUAGGCCAAGGAAUUAUUUGGUUUAUUUAACAAGUAAAACCAGCCCAAAUCAAAAUUAUUAUGGCCCAACAUUGAGUCCAAUUAAUACUCGCCCUUCGUCCUCUCGACUCCUCUCCGAUCAAAUCCCUAGCUUGACAAAUCUGGUUUCUCUCUCUUUCCUUCGAUUUUUGCUGCGGCCAUGGCAUCACCGGUGGCGACGCCGGUUGCCUCUCGCGAUCUGUCUAUCGUACCUCUCGAUCACCGCCAUCGCUGCUAUCUCUCUUCCCUCCAUCAACACCACCGCCAUCCAACGCCUUCGACCACUCCCACCGUGGCUAAGCACGGUGGUGGUCGCCACUGCAUGCGGUGGUAACACCGCCUUCUGCCCUCGUCGGAUCUACUCCACGCCGCUAUGGCCAGCCCCUCCUUCACGUAAUCACAUCGUGAAACUGUCGCUAUCGGGAUUGGCUCGGCGUAGCUGCCGCCCUCUUACUGCCGGUGUGCCGUCGCUGGAGCGCCAUGCCGGAAAUCCGGAAUUGAAAGAAGAUCUCGUGGUUACUCGAAGAUGCAUUGGGCGAGCGUUUCAUCUGCAUAUAUCAGACUUUUAUUUGUACGCACUUGGAUAUUUUAAUUCUCGGGUUGAGAUUUAUGAUUUCGUUGUUUAUUAUUUUGCUUGGGUCAAAGUUCGUCGCAACGCGUUUAUUUCUUAUAAAUCACACUAAAGGACUCCAAGAAAACUUUUUAUUUAA